CCCACGCAUUUAUUAAUUCAAUAUGGCUGCCGCGUAUCCGGAGAAUAGCAUAUCUUUCGUGCAGUCAUUGCUUAUCACCAAUUCACUACGGUUCACAGCUGAUUGUAUUAAAGAAGAGUUUAUUAGUUUAUAUCGAGUACAUUAUGGAGGGAACAAUACAGAAACCUCCUUUGGUAACGAAUUUUAUCUCAGUGGUACUUUCACAAACUUUUAAUGCUCAGUUGUCAUCAGCCUGUGCAGAUUUUGAAUUACGUGCAGUAGAAUGCUAUGAAUCUUACGGUCUUCAUCGUGCUACCUCGCAGCAGCUAUGUAAAGAUUAUAUGGAUGAUCUUCAAGAAUGUUUGUUCAAAACAAAGACUGCACUUCGAUAUAUUGAGAUGCAAAAUGAAAGAGAACGUCAAUACAAAGCAGGACUUAGAAAGGAACAAUUUGCUCCACCACCAGAUCAGGAUCAUGAAUAAAAACUCAUUUGAAACUUUUUAAAAUGAGAUAUAGUCUUUAUUGUAAAACGUGUGUAAUUUAGAUAAAUAUUUCAAUACAUUUAUAUUUAUUCAUUCUUGAUCUGAUAUAAGAAACAUCAUACAUUCAAUGUAACAUGAAUUCCUUUUUCUAAAAUAUAAUAAUAUCUAAAGUUUAAUUAAAAAUAUUAUUUAGUUUACUUAACAAUUCAAUGAAAUGUUAUAAAUGUAAAAAAAAAAUCAUGUAAAAUUUACUAAGUCUCAUUGCAUCUUUGAAAAAUGGAAUAUUAUUAGCGACUGAGAAAUUUGAAACGUUAACAGGCAUUCAUGUAAGAAUCGUAUGUUUCUUAUAUAUUCAAAUCUUUGAAUAUACGUAACUUCAUUUGAGUUCAAAUGAAUACUUUAACGAAAAAUUAUUACACAAAUGUAAGAUAUUUAUAAUUAAGAUUCUAAAAUAAAGAACAACUAAUAGAAAA